GGCGCGAGCCUGCUGCGAGGCGCGAGCCUGCUGCGAGGCGCGAGCCUGCUGCGAGGCGCGAGCCUGCUGCGAGGCGCGAGCCUGCUGCGAGGCGCGAGCCUGCUGCGAGGCGCGAGCCUGCUGCGAGGCGCGAGCCUGCUGCGAGGCGCGAGCCUGCUGCGAGGCGCGAGCCUGCUGCGAGGCGCGAGCCUGCUGCGAGGCGCGAGCCUGCUGCGAGGCGCGAGCCUGCUGCGAGGCGCGAGCCUGCUGCGAGGCGCGAGCCUGCUGCGAGGCGCGAGCCGGCUGCGAGGCGCGAGCCGGCUGCGAGGCGCGAGCCGGCUGCGAGGCGCGAGCCGGCUGCCCGGCGAGCCGGCU